GUCACUGCAAAGAGGUGUGCAAACAGGCACUGAAGAUGUCUCGUGCCUCUGCAAGUCGUGCUUUAGCAGCCCUGCUGCUGGCUGUAGUUUGGGCACAUCCCAGUCAUGGCUCUGAACAAAGUCACCAGGGUGAAAUGGCCUGGCAUGCUCUCUCCCCUCAUAAUGCUGAAUUUGCCAUUGCCCUUGAACGACGUCUGAAAGCCAAGGCUGCUGGUGGGAAGAACGUCUUCUAUUCACCGCUGGGCAUCUCCACCGCUCUGUCCAUGCUGUCUGCAGGGGCCCACGGUGACACCCACACCCAGCUGUUUUCAAGCUUGGGCUACAGCACCCUGGACCAGAUGCAAGUCAAUGAAGCCUACAAGUAUGCUCUCCACAUUCUCAACAACCAGGAGAAUGUGCAGUUGGAAGUUGGCAACUCCGUUGCGGUACGCACUGGCUUCAAUCCUUUACCAGCUUUUUUGAAUGAUAUUCAGCAGUACUUCAUGGGUGAGAUCUUCAAAGUAAACUUUAAAAAUCCAGCUAAGGCAGAAGCACAGAUUAACCAACACAUUGCCACUAAAACCCAUGAUAAGAUCAAGGAUCUGGUCAAGGGCUUGGACCCUCAGACGUCUAUGGUGCUGAUCAACUGGGUCUACUUUAGAGGGCAGUGGCUAAAACCUUUUGAAAAGCGACUGACUACAAAGGAUGACUUUUAUGUAGACAAAAACACCAAAGUUAAGGUUGACAUGAUGAGGACGACUGAAUUCUUUGAUUCCUAUCAUGACUACGUCAACCACGCAGUUAUCCUCCAGCUGCCCUAUAAAGGCAGCACCUCCAUGAUGCUUGUCCUGCCUGAUGAGGGAAUGGCUGAUGUUGUGGAAAGUAGAAUCAAGGACUCUGUCAUGAAAUGGCAAAACGCUCUUUCUCAAAGACGCAUUGAUCUUUCCAUGCCAAAGUUUUCAAUCUCUGCCGAAGCCUCUCUAGAAGAUAUUCUAAAGGAAAUGGGAAUAACUAGAGCUUUUGAAAACUCUGCUGACUUCUCUGGCAUAUCUGAAGAGGUCAAGCUUGUAGUGUCAAAGGUCUCCCACAAGGCUGUGCUGAGUGUGGAUGAAAACGGCACGGAGGCAGCAGCUGCCACCACCAUUGAAAUCAUGGCCAUGAGCUCGCUUGAGGGCUUGACCGAAACUGUAAAAAUCAACAGACCCUUCUUUGUCUUCAUCGUGGAGCUCUCGACCAGGAGCUUUAUCUUCAUGGGCAGGAUCAACAACCCCACACUGUCGUAAAGCUACUCAGGAGUGUGCAGCAGUCAUUUCCCCUGCACUUUUUGCAGCUAUGACCUCGUUUCGCUUGACCAUCGUCACAGAAUGACUUCACUCAAAUUGAGAUGGACCCAUUUUUGUGGAAUUGGACAUGACAUUCUGUCUGAAUUGAUCAAACUUGUAGCUUGUCCUCUUGACAGUUUAGGCCUAACACUACUGUUUGCACAAACUUGUACUUUUUUUUUUUAUAAAUAAGCUUCAUGUAAUCUGAAAUAAAAACUUGCCA